AUGGCUGCCCCCUCCCAACAUGCAGGUUUCAAGAGAGAGUACCCCUGGGACAGUGGCAGCUCGAUGGAGUAUGUAGCACACUCUCGGCCCCAAACCGACAGGAUCGAGCUGCCAUCCAUUCGCCAGGCCUUCCCAGAAAUCAAGCUGCGUCUUCAGCCUCCAGAGGCACCCGCCAGGACGACAUGCUCAACCACUUCACCGGUUGUCGGUCUUGCGGGAGUAAUGACUCCCCCAGAAUAUAUACACUCGCCAAGCUCGGCGUCCAAUAAGCGCCGCCGACUGUCAGUAGAAGAUGAACAAGACAGGGAGAGAGCAAACCGAGUUCCACGGGCGUACGAGAAUCAGGGCCAAGCACACCAUCACAGGCAACUGUCCCCUCAACGUACACUACCUGGGCCACCAAACGAUGGCUGGGCGACAUCUGCAAGGACAAGCCCUUACGCAGCACACGCCCCGAUGCCUCCUAUGCGUCAAGCAGUCCCCAUGGAAGUGUACGAUCGCCAGGAACACCGCCCCACACUUCCUAGUCUGCCUCACAUGGCUUUGGAUCGCGAGCCUAUGCACAUGCAGCGGCAACGAGGGCAUUCGAGCGAGGAGUUCCAACCCAUCAGAUCAGCAGCAGGCAUGCCCAUGCCUAACGCUCCGGGAAUGGAGACUGCACAAACUUACCGAGCAGGAGGCUAUCCUUACAGCUAUCACCAUCCCAACCGGGCCCAGUCCCUCUCCCUGGGAGCUAUCGCCCCCUUUGACCGUACGCCAUUCUCAUCAGCCGCUCCAGGCUUCAACCCGCACUACCAGGACCUCAUGAGGCUCGGUGAGCUGGGUGGCAUGGGCAUGCAUGGCGAUAAUAAACAGCGCAAACGUCGUGGCAACCUUCCAAAGGAGACCACAGACAAGCUCAGGGCGUGGGCCGAAGACAUGGCCGUGAACAAAAGGCAGAUUGACGGAAGUCUUUCCUCGGUCAUCGACUUUUCGCCGUGUACGCUGUCGAUCAUCCUCUACCCACUAGGAGUUCGCAUCGCGCGCACUUGGCAAACCGGGGCGAAUCGGGGGACGAAAGGGCACGGAGCCAGGCAGAUGCACAUGAAUAUCUUAUCCAUCGCCCACUCCUCCCCCCUCUCGAUUAGACGCAGGUCACCCACCCCUUCAUCGGGCAAUUUCAUUUACGCAACCGCCUUGGCCUUCCUUGCCCAGGGUCAGGACCGGGUCCAGGGACAGGGCCUAGGACGAAGGUCGCUCGGUGCCAAGCGACCCCUGCCCACCGGCCAGACACAUCGACACGCCCUGAGAACGAGACACGCCCCCCCCCCCCCUUCUCCCUUAGUGGCUGUUCGUGUCACUGAUGGUGGCCCCUAG